AUGAUGGCUAAAGUUGUUGUCCUCUCCGCACUGAUUAUGAUCACUGCUGCUUACAAGGAAUUCAUAUUGAAGGAAAAUAAAACACCGAAAGAUAUUUUGAUUUUCCAAGCAACUUCAUUUGAUGGCACGUGUAGUGAAUGCAAAGCGCUCAUUAACCGUUUUGCGGAAGCUAUCAAAGAUCCAAGAAAAGUAACUGAACUAAAAGAUUUGCUACGAGUACUUUGCCAUGAGACACCAUAUGAAGACGAAUGUCGUCUACUUCCAACAGAUUGGAUCGUCUUACCUUUAUCGCGAUGUGUUCUGGGUGGAGAUUCAAAAAAAUUGCUUGGAAAAUCCAGAAAAGGUUUGCAAGGAAUUCCGUCUUUGUUCAAAUCGAAAAAUCGAGCAUUUCCAUCGAAUAAAUGUGAUUUACGGAAAAAAAAUGCGGAUGAGGAUUCAACGCGUGGACUGAUAUGUGAAGAGUGUCAGUUCGCGGCACAGGAACUGAAACGUGCAGUAGAAGAUGAGAAAACUCAGCAACGAUUGAAACGAUUCAUUUCGGAGGAGAUUUGUAGUCAGUUGGGUAGUUUGCGAGGAAAAUGCGAUCUCUUGCUGGAAGAAUUUAUGCCAGAACUUAUAGAAGAACUCGAUAGACUUCUACAAAAUACAAAAACAUUCUGUGCGGACAUUGGUCUUUGCAAACGUUUAGUUGAGUCACUAACUGUACCAGAAGAUGAAGAUAUCAACUCUCAAAAGGGAAAUAGUAAUAAUUCAUUGCCAAUAGAGAAUAGUUUUGUGAAAUCCAUGAAUGAACUCAUGAGUGGAAGCGUUCUGAAAUGUUAG